CGCCGUCAGGAAAGAUCCCAGCGAGGGCUUCCCGCAGCCUGAGGGAGACUCUCUGGGCGCCUGCGUUACGGGAGCCGGAGCGGCCCGCGGCAAGCGCCGCCCCGUGACUCACUCGGGAGCCGCGCGGGGACCGGACCGAGCGGGCUGCUCGGCCAGCGCGCAGAGGACAGUCACCGCCCCGGCCGCCGGUGGGCGAGCGGCUCCCCGCGCCAGGCCCUGCCGCCUCCCAGCCCUCCAGCGCCUGCUUGCCCCGCAGAAAAGCGGCUCCCACUGUCCUCGCGCUUGGGCCCCGUCCCCGCACGUUACUCCCGAGCCGACCCCUGGGUCCUCAGCUCCCCGCAGCCAGGCACCCUGCCCCGUCCCGGCCGCGGCACCGGCCUCCUUGGCGGCCGAGACCGGCCUACGCACCCGCGGGCCCCACCCCCUUCUCGCGGCCCGCCCUGCCCGCUCCCUCCCACCCCCACCGUGCCCCAUCUAGCCCCACUGAGCAUGUUCCCGUGGGUUACUUCCUUCCCUGUACAAGGCAGCCGGGGCACCUAUGUCAUUGCUACUCCCCCUCGCUGAGGCUGCAAUGCGCACGCGUAUCGCUAGAACGCGUGCUCAUCAACCGCCUUUCCCUUAACGGCUGGAGCCGCCUCGUUUCUCUUUCCCCACGAUUUAAAUAUGCUAAUGAAGGGUCGUCGGGAGUCCUAUGGCGGAGCAGGGAGUCGGUCACGUGGCUUGGGGACGUGCCUAUAGGGGGCGGCUCCCGACCUGCCCAGGCUGCCUUAAAAGCGGGCUGCGAGCGAGGAAGCGCCUCAGUUAGAGAGCGAAAGUGCCGGGGUGGGUGGGUUGUGGCUGCUCUGCCUGAAACUUCUGAGUAACAUCAACAGGGGGGCCAGCGGCGGCAGCAGCCGUGCAGCCCUGUCCGCCUUCUCCUCAUAAACCAGCCCGUGCAGGGCUCGAGCGGGCCCCUCACACAAAGGCGAGCAGGGCAGCUCCCUGGAGGGGAGGGCAGGGGGGUGGUGGCGGAGAGGCGCUCCUCCCUGUGCAGAGCACUCACAGCUCCUACUGCCCGCCCGUGCCCCGUGUCUGCCCCCCGCCCCGUGUCCAUGUAGCCGCCGGCCCCGCUGCUGCUCCGCACUAUGCCCAUCUUACUCUUCCUGAUAGACACGUCCGCCUCCAUGAACCAGCGCACCCAUCUGGGCACCACCUAUCUGGACAUAGCCAAAGGCGCUGUAGAGACUUUCAUGAAGCUCCGCGCCCGGGACCCCGCCAGCAGAGGAGACAGGUACAUGCUGGUCACUUUCGAGGAGCCUCCCCACGCGAUCAAGGCUGGCUGGAAAGAAAACCAUGCAACCUUUAUGAAUGAAUUGAAAAACCUUCAAGCUGAAGGACUUACGACUCUUGGCCAGUCUCUAAGGACAGCUUUUGAUUUAUUAAACUUAAAUAGAUUAGUAACUGGCAUAGACAACUAUGGGCAGGGAAGAAACCCUUUUUUUCUGGAGCCAGCAAUAAUUAUAACAGUUACUGAUGGGAGUAAAUUAACUACCACAAGUGGGAUACAGGAUGAGCUCCAUUUACCUCUAAAUUCUCCUUUACCUGGAAGUGAAUUGACUAAGGAACCUUUUCGUUGGGAUCAGAGACUGUUUGCUUUAGUUCUGCGUUUGCCUGGCAUCACAACUCCAGAAUCAGAGCAGAUAGCAGGUGUGCCCGUUGAUGACUCAGCAAUUACACCCAUGUGUGAAGUCACAGGAGGUCGCUCGUAUUGUGUGUGUUCUCCAAAAAUGCUGAAUCAGUGUCUUGAAUCAUUGGUUCAAAAAGUGCAAAGUGGAGUAGUAAUAAAUUUUGAAAAAUCUGGACCAGAUCCUUCACCGAUUGAAGAUGGACAGAUGGAUAUAGCUAGGUCUUUUGGACCCCAACCUUGGCACAGCUGUCACAAACUUAUCUAUGUCAGACCAAACCCUAAAACUGGAGUUCCCAUAGGCCACUGGCCUGUUCCAGAAUCCUUUUGGCCAGAUCAAAAUUCUCCAACAUUGCCACCUCGCACAUCUCACCCUGUAGUGAAGUUCUCCUGCACUGACUGUGAACCAAUGGUCAUUGACAAACUGCCUUUUGAUAAAUAUGAGUUAGAACCUUCACCGCUGACCCAAUUUAUCCUGGAAAGGAAAUCUCCUCAGACGUGUUGGCAGGUGUAUGUGAGCAAUAGUGCAAAAUAUAGUGAACUUGGCCAUCCUUUUGGUUACUUGAAAGCCAGUACAGCACUGAAUUGUGUGAACCUGUUCGUGAUGCCUUACAAUUAUCCAGUCCUCCUUCCCCUCUUAGAUGACUUAUUCAAAGUACACAAAGCAAAGCCAACCUUAAAAUGGCGGCAGUCAUUUGAAAGCUAUUUGAAGACAAUGCCUCCUUACUAUCUAGGGCCUUUGAAGAAAGCUGUGAGAAUGAUGGGAGCGCCUAACCUUAUAGCAGACAGUGUGGAAUAUGGACUUAGUUACAGUGUCAUUUCAUACCUCAAAAAGUUGAGUCAACAGGCCAAAAUAGAGUCCGAUAGAGUCAUUGGCUCUGUAGGCAAAAAGGUAGCGCAAGAGACUGGAAUUAAGGUCAGAAGCAGAUCACACAACCUGUCUAUGGCACAUAGGAACGAUUUUCAACAACUGCUACAGGGGAUUACUGGGGAAAUUCCUCAUAGACUUCUAGACCUCAAUAUGAAGGAGUAUGCUGGGUUCCAAAUAGCUUUGCUGAAUAAGGAAUUGAAACCUCAGACAUUUAGAAAUGCUUAUGAUAUACCCCGAAGGAAUCUUUUGGAUCACUUAACAAGAAUGAGGUCUAAUCUUAUGAAGAUAACUCGCAGGUUUCUCAAAGGACAAGAUGAAGAUCAAGUUCACAGUGUACCAAUAGCACAAAUGGGAAAUUAUCAGGAGUACCUAAAACAGAUACCAUCUCCUCUUCGAGAGCUUGACCCUGAUCAACCCCGAAGGCUACAUACAUUUGGUAAUCCAUUUAAAUUGGACAAGAAGGGAAUGAUGAUAGAUGAAGCAGAUGAAUUUGUAUCAGGGCCUCAAAAUAAACACAAACGACCCGGAGAACCAAAUAUGCAAGGGAUUCCUAAAAGACGUCGGUGUAUGUCACCCCUUCUCAGAGGCCGGCCACAGACUCCUCCUGUCAUGAACAAUCAUAUUGGAGGAAAAGGGCCACCUACACCUGUAAUGCAAGCACAGCCAGAUCUUGUUAAACCUAUUCCUAUUCACAAAACUUCAGAAACCAAUAACGAGAUUGCAGCGGAUGAUGUGAUUGAGAAUCAUGUUGCAGAUCCACUUUCAUCAGAUGUUUUUCCAAAUGCUAUGGAUUCUGAAUUUUCAGUUUCCUCUUCUCCAUUCAAUUCAUUGGACGGACCAACAACUCAUUCAGAGCAUCUAGGCCAUGAACAUUUAGGAACUAAUAACCUUAACAUUGAUGAAUUUAUGAAAAAUCAUGAAGAGUCAGGUGGUAAAGAGCGAAAUACUCAAGAAAACUUGCCAGCAUCUUCUCCCAACAAAGCGAAAAAAGUGAUACAUUCCAGAAGUGCGAGAGAGGUUAAUAUAGAACUAAAAGCACAAAUUAUGAAGGAGAUUAGAAAGCCAGGAAGAAAGCAGGAGGAGAGCUAUGGUACAUGUGCAGGCCAAUGGAUGCUGCUCGCAAAUAAAAUUCCGGACUCACAUGUGUAUCGUACAUGUGGAAUGCAGAUAGGGACAACACAUUUCGAAGAAUCUUCAGUUACAGAAUAUGAAAGAAUCUUCUUUUUACUGAAGCAUGUUCAAGGCAGUUUACAAACACGACUAAUAUUUUUACAGAAUGUUAUUAAAGAAGCCUCAAGAUUUAAAAAACGAAUGCUGAUAGAACAGCUUGAGGGUUUUCUGGAAGAAAUCCAUCGCAGAUCCAACCAAGUUAACCAUAUCAACAGCAGCUAAGAGAUGUUUUACACAUCGAAAAGCCACAGUAGGGCACGGCUGUAUUACCUGCAUUCAUUUUUGACAUGCACUCUUGGCUCAAGUACCCUAUCUGAAAGACUAAAAGCUGCCCUCUAGUAUGAUGGAAAAAGUAUAUGUAAUCUUUUUCUUCAUUUCUGUUAUUUUUGUAAUGUGAAAAAUGUCACUAAAAGCAUUUUUAUUUAACAAACUAAGAACAGAGAAUUUCUUGCUUGUCAUUGACGUAAAUGUCACUUUCCCUCAGGUUCUAUUUUCUUAACCCAACCUUCAAAACUAUCAUCUCUGUUAAGGUUGAACUUUGCCAAAAAAAAAAAAAAAAAAAGGUAAAAAAGUUGCUUUGUAAUUUUCAAGAAAAGCACAUACAUUAAACAAGGUAAUGUUUUGUAUAUACAGUUAUUUUGGAUAUAUUAUUGUAAGUUGUACAAAUGUAUUUUGAAAAAUAUUUAAAAAAAGCACUUUUGUUAUUCCAUCAAUAAAAAGCCCUCUAUUUUAA